AUGAUCAAACAGGUGGGGGAUCAGGUGGUCAAACAGGUGUGGAAUCAGAUUAUCAAACAGGUGUGGAAUCAGAUUAUCAAACAGGUGUGGAAUCAGGUGGUCAAACCAGAUGUAAAAUCAGAUAAUCAACCAGGUGGGGAAUCAGGUGGUCAAACAAGUGUGAAAUCAGGUGGGGGAUCAGGUGGUCAAACAGGUGUGGAAUCAGAUUAUCAAACAGGUGUGGAAUCAGAUUAUCAAACAGGUGUGGAAUCAGGUGGUCAAACAGGUGUGGAAUCAGAUGAUCAAACAGGUGUGGAAUCAGGUGGUCAAACAGGUGUGGAAUCAGAUGAUCAAACAGGUGGGGGAUCAGGUGGUCAAACAGGUGUGGAAUCAGAUGAUCAAACAGGUGGGGGAUCAGGUGGUCAAACAGGUGUGGAAUCAGAUGAUCAAACAGGUGUGGAAUCAGAUGAUCAAACAGGUGUGGAAUCAGGUGGUCAAACAGGUGUGGAAUCAGAUGAUCAAACAAGUGUGGAAUCAGAUGACCAAACAGGUGGGGAAUCAGGUGGUCAAACAGGUGUGGAAUCAGAUGAUCAAACAGGUGUGGAAUCAGGUGGUCAAACAGGUGUGGAAUCAGAUGAUCAAACAGGUGUGGAAUCAGGUGGUCAAACAGGUGUGGAAUCAGAUGAUCAAACAAGUGUGGAAUCAGAUGACCAAACAGGUGGGGAAUCAGGUGGUCAAACAGGUGGGGAUCAGAUGAUCAAACAAGUGUGGAAUCAGAUGACCAAACAGGUGGGGGAUCAGGUGGUCAAACAGGUGUGGAAUCAGAUGGUCAAAGAGGUGUGGAAUCAGGUGGUCAAACAGGUGUGGAAUCAGAUGAUCAAACAGGUGUGGAAUCAGGUGGUCAAACAGGUGUGGAAUCAGGUGGUCAAACAGGUGUGGAAUCACAUGAUCAAACAGGUGUGGAAUCAGGUGAUCAAAAAAGUGUGGAAUCAGAUGAUCAAACAGGUGGGGGAUCAGGUGGUCAAACAGGUGUGGAAUCAGAUGAUCAAACAGGUGGGGGAUCAGGUGGUAAAAAAAGUGUGGAAUCAGGUGGUCAAACAGGUGUGGAAUCAGGUGGUCAAACAGGUGUGGAAUCAGAUGAUCAAACAGGUGGGGAAUCAGAUGAUCAAACAGGUGUGGAAUAAGAUGAUCAAACAGGUGUGGAAUCAGAUGAUCAAACAGGUGUGGAAUCAGGUGGUCAAACAGGUGUGGAAUCAGAUGAUCAAACAGGUGGGGAAUCAGGUGGUCAAACAGGCGGGGAAUCAGAUGAUCAAACAGGUGGGGGAUCAGGUGGUCAAACAGGUGUUUAAUAAGAUGAUCAAACAGGUGGGGAAUCAGGUGAUCAAACAGGUGUGA